AUGAGGGAAAUACUUCACAUUCAGGCAGGUCAGUGCGGAAACCAGAUCGGGACCAAAUUCUGGGAGGUCAUUUCCACGGAACACGGAAUUGAUGCCUCCGGGUCCUACAACGGUGACUCCGACCAGCAACUGGAGCGGAUAGACGUCUACUACAACGAGGGUCAAGGCGGGAAGUACGUCCCGAGAUGCAUCCUGCUCGAUCUGGAACCCGGAACUAUGGAUUCCAUCCGGUCCGGACCUUUCGGAAACCUUUUCCGACCGGACAACUUCGUGUUCGGCCACAGCGGUGCCGGAAACAACUGGGCGAAGGGGCAUUAUACGGAAGGAGCCGAACUGGUGGAUAGCGUUCUCGAUGUUCUCCGAAAAGAGGCGGAAAAUUGCGAUUGUAUCCAGGGGUUCCAACUGUCUCACUCCCUGGGAGGGGGGACGGGCUCCGGCUUGGGGACGCUCAUCUGCAGCAAGAUCCGGGAGGAGUAUCCAGACAGGAUCAUGAAUACCUUCUCGGUCGUGCCCUCCCCUAAGGUAUCCGACACGGUCGUCGAGCCAUACAACUCCACACUUUCUGUCCACCAACUGGUUGAGAACACCGACGAGACCUACUGCAUCGACAACGAAGCUCUCUACGACAUCUGCUUCAACACGUUAAAGCUGACCACGCCCACGUAUGGUGACCUCAACCAUCUUGUGUCUGUCACCAUGUCCGGGGUGACCACCUGUCUCCGAUUCCCUGGUCAAUUAAACGCCGAUCUUCGUAAACUGGCUGUCAACAUGGUGCCCUUCCCUCGCCUGCACUUUUUUAUGCCAGGGUUCGCUCCCCUUACGUCCAGACACAGCCAAUCAUAUCGCGCACUGACCGUACCGGAACUGACGACACAGAUGUUUGACGCUAAGAACAUGAUGGCGGCCUGUGAUCCCCGUCAUGGCCGUUACCUUACUGUAGCCACCAUAUUCAGGGGCCGCAUGUCCAUGAAGGAGGUCGAUGAACAGAUGCUCAACGUCCAGAACAAGAACAGCAGCUACUUCGUUGAAUGGAUCCCCAACAACGUCAAGACCGCCGUCUGUGACAUCCCACCACGUGGUCUGAAGAUGUCUUCAACCUUCAUCGGCAACAGCACUGCCAUCCAGGAGCUGUUCAAGCGCAUCUCCGAGCAGUUCACCGCUAUGUUCCGUCGUAAAGCUUUCCUCCAUUGGUACACUGGCGAGGGUAUGGAUGAGAUGGAGUUCACGGAGGCCGAGUCUAACAUGAACGACUUGGUGUCGGAGUACCAGCAGUACCAGGACGCGGAGGUAGACGAAGAGGACGAGUUGAGGAGACUUUCUCAAGUGAGAAAAUUUCAUGAUGCACGAGACAUUUACAGUUUUGUGACUCACCGCUCGCCUGACAACGUAAUUAACCUCCAUGUUGGCGUUCAGCGGGAAAUGAACGACAGCAUGGAUUAGUAGUUUUCACCCAGGCGAGAUCACCCGCUACUCUCAAUAUUCCUCGUUAUUUAUGUAUUUUAUGUAUAACUGAGAAAUUAAAAUAUAAAUAUGGACAUU